GGAGCAGAUCGGAGGGAGUGACAGAAAAAGAAAGAGGGAGGGUUGAGAGGAGAAUAGAGGGACAACAGGACCAAACUCACAGCCUUCCUUUCCUCCAGAGCUCUAUCUCCUUCCCUUCUCUCAGUAACUCCAGGCUGAGUUCAACAGAUAGGAUGCUGUGCCUCAGCUCCCUGUCGACAUUCCUCGUCCUGCUUCUCUUCUACCCUCCUCCGCUGUCUGCACAGGAGGUGCUUGUACGUCUUGCAGGCGUAGGCCGACGCAGUGCAAAUGAAGGACGUGUGGAGGUGUUCUACAAUGGAGCAUGGGGCACAGUGUGUGAUGACGAGGUGGAUCUUAACCUGGCCAAUGUGGUGUGCCGACAGCUGGGCUUUCAGCGCAGCUUUACCUGGGCACACAGUGCCAAGUUUGGCCAGGGAGAAGGUCUGAUCUGGUUAGACAAUGUGCACUGCAAGGGGACCGAGCUCUCCAUUGCAGAGUGCCGCUCUAACGGUUGGGGAAUCAAUGACUGCACCCAUGCUGAGGAUCUAGGAGUCAUUUGCAGCCCAGAAAGGAGACCUGGCUUCCCCUCUGUCUCUUUGGAAGAGGCUGCUUCAUCCUCAAGGCACCAGACAAGCCAGCAAAGACAGAGAAACCCACCACCGCCACAGUCUGCAUUACCCCCAGCUCCACCUGCAGCCCCACCUGCAGUCCCAGCUUCCUCUUCUUCUGCAAGAGGCCAUGAGAUUGCCCUCCAUCGCAACCCAACAUCUUCCCGCCGCAGCAGCAUCUCCCCACAGGAAAAUGGACACGAGAUCCAGAUUUUGCGCCGGAAUCGAGGUGGCUCAAGACCAAGCCAGCAGGUCAACUCUGCUUCACCACAAGGCCACCAGCUACCUUCACGUCUGGCAAACGGUGCAGCUUACAGGCAGAGACAGGAGACUUCGAGGACCAGUCCACAGGCAGUGAGACGGGAGGCCGAGGGGCAGACGAACAGGCAGCCUCAACCUCAGCCUCAUUCCCAGCUCCAGUCUGAGAGGAGAAGCGACCGGCAUCAGCAGUUCAGUGGGAACCAUGUUGAACCAGACCCAGUACACCCAGACGUGGGACUUGAGACUGAUGGACAGUAUAUACAGGGAUCUGAGAGGGUUCGCUUAGAGGAGGUUCGUCUCCGGCCUGUGCUGACCGGCAACCACGGGGGUCUGGUGACAGAGGGAGUGGUGGAAGUGAAGCAUGCUGGGAGAUGGCGCCAUGUGUGCAACCACGGAUGGGACAUGAGCAGCAGCCGUGUCGUCUGUGGCAUGUUAGGAUUCCCCUCAGCCGAAGCGUUUGACCAAAACGCCUACAGGAAACUGUGGGACUCCAAGUUGGCUGAUCCUUCCUCCAGGAUGAGGUCACAGGUCAGUAAGAAGGCUUACUGGGUGGAGAAGGUGCAGUGUCAGGGUGUGGAGGCGUCUUUGUCCCAGUGUCAGGCCCAGCUGUCCCUCCCCAGGACUGACGUCCCGUGCAGGGGAGGAAUGUCCGCUGUGGUCCGCUGUGUCCCCGGAUCCCAGUUUGCACGUUAUGGCAGAACACCUGCACCACCUGCUGUACCGUCUGUGGUGCGUCUGAAGGCCGGACCCCGACUCGGAGAGGGUCGUGUGGAGGUGCUCAGAGAGGGCAAGUGGGGCACCGUGUGUGACCACCUGUGGGACCUGCCUGCAGCCAGCGUGGUCUGCAGAGAGCUGGGUUUCGGGACGGCCAAGGAGGCGCUCACCAAGGCUCAGCUGGGACAGGGCACUGGUCCCAUCCACAUGAACAGCGUGCAGUGCACAGGCAGGGAGAAGACCAUUACUGAGUGUCACUACAAACAGGUGCCACUUUACACCUGCAAACACAGUCAGGAUGUAGCAGUCCGCUGCAAUGUGCCCAACACCGGCCUGCAGGCCACGGUGCGUCUGGCCGGAGGCAGGGAGCCUGCAGAGGGCCGUGUGGAGGUGCUGAUGGAGGUCGGAGGAGUGAAGCGUUGGGGCUCCGUCUGCAGUGAGAACUGGGGCCUCAACGAAGCAAUGGUGGUCUGUCGACAGCUGGGAUUGGGAUUCGCCUCCAGAGCUCAUCAGGAGACCUGGUACUGGCCUGGAUCUUCAGAUGCUGCUGAGGUGGUGCUGAGUGGGACUCACUGCGUCGGCACUGAGAUGUCCAUCCAGCAGUGUCGCAGAAACACAAACGUCUACUGUCCCAGAGGAGGAGAUGGCAGAGCAGCAGGAGUCACAUGUGUGGAGACUGCUCCUGACCUCGUACUGGACGCCCAGCUGGUCCAAGAGACGGCCUACCUGGAGGAUCGACCUCUUCACCUGCUGACUUGUGCCAAUGAGGAGAACUGCUUGUCCUCCUCUGCUGCCAGAAUGAACUGGCCUUACGGACACCGCCGCCUGCUGCGCUUCUCCUCCCGCAUCAUGAACAUGGGUCGCGCCGACUUCAGACCUCGGGCCACCAGAGAAAGUUGGAUAUGGCACCAGUGUCACAGGCACUACCACAGCAUCGAGGUGUUCACCCACUACGAUCUGCUCACCAUCAAUGGGACAAAGGUGGCUGAAGGCCACAAAGCCAGUUUCUGCCUGGAGGACACUUACUGCCCCGACGGUAUCCAUAAGAGGUAUGCCUGCUACAACAUGGGACAACAGGGUAUCUCAGUUGGCUGCUGGGACACUUACCGCCAUGACAUUGACUGUCAGUGGGUGGACAUCACUGAUGUACGCCCUGGUGAAUACAUCUUUCAGGUGGAGGUCAACCCUUCCCUAGACAUGGCUGAGUCUGAUUUCCGGAACAAUGUGAUGCGCUGCAGGUGCAAAUACGAUGGAGCACGAGUUUACAUGUUCGGUUGCCAUGCAGCUGACGCUUAUAGCGCCGAGGUGGAGGACCUGUUCGACCACCAACGUCAGAUUUCCAACAACUUCCUGUGAAUUAAGGAACAGCCAGAUUUAAGAACAGAACAACUGUACAACUCCUCACCACACCUCAGCGUGUCAGAGGAGAGAGGGUGAAUGACAAUGACAUGCCAGUAAAUAGAGAGAGGAAGGUCAAAGAGGGAGGAGGGUGGGGAAAAAAGGGGGAUGUUUUGGGAGGAAUGGAUGGACUCGAUGCAAAACUGACUGAUUGGGACCUCGUGACUGACAGUCAUCAUCUUGUUGCUGUUAGAAAGAGAUUCAAGAGGAAGUGUAGAAAGAUGUAAAGACAAAAUAGUAGAAAGUCACAAUCAUCCUGUCACCAUUAUAGAACUUAGUAGUAGUUUACAAUUUUGAAAACUUGUCUUGUUUUUGUUUUUUUCCCCCACAAAUUAAUUACAUUGAUAUCCACAGUUAAGGAAGUAAUGAUGUGAAGGCACAUGAGAACAACUUUUACAGUACAUCACCAGAGUUCUCCAUAUAAUAUCAACACAGGUAAUAGAUUGUCGACAAAACUCUGUACGUGCUUUCUGUGCUUUCACUGUCCACAUUACAAAAUGCAGUAUUUACUGUUUUAACUGUGUGGUUUUCUUUUGGUUUUGAAUGAGUUUUUUUUUAAAUUCAUGGUGCUAUUUUGCCUUUUUUGAAUAAAUAUUGUAAUGUAUUGCAAAUGUAUUGUCAUGUACAGUUUUAUAUUACCUCUCUGGAAUAAUGUUCUUUAGGUUCUCUAAUUUAUGCAGAAUUUUAAUGUACUUUUGAAUUGAAACUUGUUUGUAUUGUUAAUUUUAUUAUGACAGCUAUUUCCACUUUGUUUGUUCUUUACCUGUUUAACAUCGGUAGCAACAGAUGAGAUCUGGUUGUACCUGGGUAUUGCGCUUAUCAGUUCUUGGUAAUGGUAGCAAAAGAAUAAACGUCGGAUUGACAAACUG